AUGAGAGUUUGUUCUCGGCAUUUUAAAGCUUCAAAUUAUUUUCCAAACAAUUCCAAAAGACAAAAAUUGUUUCCUAAUGUCGUACCGUCUCAGAAUAUUCCCAAGAGAAUUUUUAAUAAGAAAGGACCAGUAGUUCGAAAAAUAAAAUCAAUUGCUCAAGGCACACAGUCCUUGUCUGUUACCAAACAAGGGAAUAUAGUUACAUCAAACAGAAAGGUUAAGAAAGUUAUGGAUGGAUUAUCCUGUGAUGAUAUAACUGAUACCAACAGUCAUCACGAUCUAAAGACUUCAUCUACACAAGUGAAUUUAGUGGAUUACAGACAUUAUCGUCCUCAGGCAGAUUGGAGUAUGGCUGACCUCCUUUGUGAAAGAGUACCUUUGGAAAAGUGUACUCAAAUAAAUUUUCUUCCUCUAUGGAAAGAGGAAAUUGCAGCGCCAACACAAUUAACCUUCUCAGAUUUACUAAAUAGUGUUAAGGAUUUAUUUUAUCUUACCGAUAUUCAUUCAAUUGAACUUUUAGAAGCAUUGGUGAAUUAUGUUAGGGAAUCGGCUGUAAAUACUUCAACUGACGAGAAAUUUUUAUCUUUGAGAGAGACACUAAUUGUGACGAUGAAUAAAUUAAAACAAAAUAUCUCUAUAUAG